AUGCGCCGGGAUACCAUCGAGGUCGACCUAUACUACCAUCUCCUCGUCAGCGAGUGGUCCGACGCCAACAACUCCAUUGUCGACGGCCUCUGGAAGCAGAUCGACCACAUGAAUGCCGCAUACGGCAUCUACGGCAUCCACUUCAACACCCAGCCCGUUGACAUCAUUGUCAAUGCGGCGUGGGCUAAUGACAUCGAUUUCGAGAAGCCAGAGAAGGGCAAGGCUCUCCACAAAGGCAGCUACCACGACGUGAACAUCUACGCCGGAGAAGGCUUCGGCAGCGGCGUGUGCUCUCUGCCAAUUGGCUUGGACCAAAGCAACGGCACAGACACGAUUACGGAGGAUGAUCUCACUGGCGAUGGCUGCCAUCUUCCCCUCUCUGCCGCGCUCGACCCGAUCAGUGGAACUCCCUCCCAUGAAGUCGGCCACUGGUUCGGUCUCUACCACACCUUCCAAGGCGGCUGCUCCGAACCCAACGACUACGUUGAGGACACUCCCCAGCAGGCGCAGCCCUCCUACUCGCACGAGACUAUCACUGGCAACGUCGAGAGCUGCCCGGUAAUUGAUACUUGCCCCGCCAAUCCUGGCAACGACCCCGUCUGGAACUUCAUGGACUACACCGACUGCUCGCACGAGUUCACCCCUCAACAAGGUGCCCGCAUGAACACUGCCUUCAACAAGUACCGCCGCAACAGGCAGGUUGCGAGUUAG